AAACAUAUCAACGGCAUAAUUCUCAUUUAGUCUAUUUAGGAUUGUCCUUAAAAUAAUCGUUUGAUUUACAGGACGCACAAAAAGUGAUGAAUCUUAUGACGGUGGGAAUGAUGUCAAAAGCAAGAUUCUUACUUCCUUUCGAUACCUGUAAGACUGGGGAUGUUGGAGCGUGGAACAUGGCGGUCGUUUUUAUUCAUCAUCCGUCUUUUCUUUUUUGGUUCCACUAGACUUGAACAGCUAACCAUGGCUCUUUCCGCUAAAGAUCCUGAUCCACCCAAAGUGGUGGAUCAAACCAAAACCACGGCUACCAACACCAAAACAAAUACUUCUUCCGCAUUUUCAUCCGAUUCCCCAACGUCGCCAAAGGGCAAAGGUUCUGCCCUUUCCUAUCGUUCGUAUGCGCAAGUCACUAAAGGUCAACGCAUUACAACCCUUGAACAGCUAACCAUUGGAACCUGUCAGUCAAAUAUCGAAGAAUUAAAAUUGGCCACGCGUUAUAUCAGUGCGGCAAUCAUCCCACUUGUGAUGAUAGAGCUUUAAUAAAGAUGAUAAGGGACAAGAUUAAAUAUCUUUGAGAUGAUGUUUUAUUCCAACAAAAGAUAAAGCUCUUUUAUAUUCUAG